CUUAUAAAAAAUUGAAUCGUUUGUCAUUUGAAGAGAAUUACUCAACCGAAUAACAUUGUGUUCGUUGCUUUAAAUUCUCUAUAUUUAAGUAAAAGGUCUCACCUUAAUAAUAAUUCGUUUUGUGUAUAGUUCUUCUUAGUUUCAUCAGUGGUUGAAACCACACUAUUUGUAAACUGUGUGAGAUUAUAAGCAGCAAUGGGACUUAAAACAAAUUUUGUUAGCCUGGCCAUCGACGUUCGCGGACACAAUGAGCGAACAACAAAAUGCCAAUGAGACUGUAUCAAUUAUCAAGAGAAGAGACUUGAACGAGGAGACUCCAGUUGAAAGUGCUGUUGUUGCUGUAGACGUGGAACAAAAAUUGACCGACAUUUUUAAACUAACCAUCGAUUGUUUCGAAGAAGUGUUUGACUUUUUGUCGCUGAGAGAUUUGGUAGCUGUGGGUCAAACAUGUAAACGAAUGCAACGAAUUGCCGGUCAUUGUUUUCAACUAAACUACGCAAGCGAAGAAGCACACAUCCGCGAAGAUGGUUUAUACAUUGGCAAUGACAAGAUAGAUUGUUUCAACAAUGCCUCACAAAAAAUCCGGAUUUUGUAUGAUUUAAUAACGGGAUUUUAUGGUUUUAUGACGGAAGACGAUAAAGAGAGAUUUGCUUCACUUAAUCAGAUGAUGCAUUUUCUAAUAUCAACUUCAUUGAAACAUUUAACAUCAAUACAAGGAUUUGCUGUUAUCGGUCUUCAUGUUAAUCAAGAAGAUCAAUCAGAAAUAGAUCGCUUAGACCGAUUGAAAGAAUUCAUGAGUAAAGUUGAAAAUGUGACCCUUUCAAGUAGUGAUGAAAAUGUGGUUGAUGCUUUGCUUCCACAUUGUUCAAAUAUGAAAUGUUUAUGUUUGUGGGAUACUAUUUCAUUUCGAAAUGAAUAUGAAUGGAUGCAUCGAAUUUAUCCAAUGUUAGAUUAUUUGAUAUUGGCGAAUGGAGGCGACGUUCCGGAAGCAAUACCAGCAUUCAAAACUUUCCUUGAGCUAAACACAACAAUCAAGAAACUUGAGGUCAACGCAGAGCUAUUCUGGAAAAAUAGAGCAUUGUUUAAAAGUCUGAACAUCAAAUAUGACACAUUGGUAAUCAAUUAUGAUUUUUACAAAGACAAAUUUGAAUCAUUUAGUCAUUUUCUCAAUGAGCUCCAUGAGUUGGAGUUCUACAGAAAAUUGAGUUUUAUAUCCAACAGUAAGUUUUCGCAAGAGCAUAUCUAUCGGCUGGCUUCGGUAAAAGGAUUAGUCAAAUUUGACGACACCACACAUACGCGAUUGGAAACAAAUAAAAUCAAUGUUGGUUAUUUGAGAAACUUAGAAGAAUUAAAGAUUGGGUAUAGUGCUUUUAUUACUGAUCUGAAGUCACUUCCACAUAUUUUAUCGAAAUUGCAGCGCAUUUAUUUUUUAGCGGUCAUUUCUGACGAUAUUUUACCGUUUAUUUGCCACGCAAAGAAAUUGAACAAAAUUAAAUUUGAAAGACUUAUGAGUGGAUCAUAUUUUGAUGAAGAAACCAAUAUUCUUGAUUUAUUUGAGUUGAAUAAAAUGCGUGAGAAAUUAGUUGGAGCAUGCAAGAUCACGAUCUAUGUCGAGGAAGAUGUGUAUUUGGCAACAAAAUGGGCAGUGAAACAGAUCGAAUUUAAUUUGAUCGAAAUAAAACGAAGCACAAGUUAUGAUUGGUUAAAUUAAGUUUUUCUAGCACUAUUUUAUUUCAAAUUGAACUUUCCAACAAUUCGUAUUUUACCAGAGAUUGGAAACGCUAUUUUUGUGACUCAAAAGAUUCAGAUUGUUUAGAUGACAUUUAAAAUGUCAUUUUUGUGUCAUACAAGAAAUAUUUAUUAAACAAUUAAAAUUAUUUGUCUUCGAAAAAAUCAUUUCUUGACAUUUUUUAAAUGUAUUAACUCAUUAUUUUUAUCUAUUAUUUUUAUCUAUUGAAUGAUUCAUUUGAUUCAUUUGAUCAAAGUUUUAUAAUUCGUGUCCAGCCGUGUCGACCCCCUUGGCUAUGUGGUAGCAAAUAUUCAACCAAUAACGAAGACGCCACCUAGGAUAUUCCAUACUCAAACUGAAUCAAGCGAAAACUGUUAUUUUCA